CAUUUUGCUCCAAUUCCCUCUAUAAGAAAAAAUCACAAACAAGGGCAGAAACUCAGAAGAAAAAAAGAAAAGCAAAACGGUGCAAGGAGUAUAGAGAGAGAUCAUGGGGGUGACGAAGGAGCAAGUAGAAUCUUCACUAACUGCAAAGCUGAAUCCUUCUCAUCUGGAAGUGAUUGAUAUGUCUGGGGGAUGUGGUGCAAAAUUCUCUAUUGUCAUCGUGACAGAACAAUUUGAAGGCAAGAGAUUGCUGGAGAGGCACCGAAUGGUUAAUGGUGCACUGGCCGAAGAGAUGAAGGAAAUCCACGCUCUCUCUAUUACAAAAGCGCUCACUCCAGAGCAGUGGAAACAACAGCAGGAAUCUGAAAAGGCUCAAGCAGCUGCUUAAAUUAAUCAUGAUAUAAUCAUCUUUCUCGACGAAAUGCUUGUCACUCAACCAUAAGUCAAAUACUCUCUUCACCUUAUCUAACGUGGAGGUUAACUGUUAUAGGUUAAGAAAACUGUAAUCUAUCAUGUUUUGAUUGAACUUGCUGGAUUUGAGACUCUUAUGAUACUUUUAACUAUUGAAUAAUGGUUAUUGCUUAGAUGACAAGUGAUGACAUGUUUGUACCCAUACGAGCUCAUUCAGCUUGUUAUGAGCUUGGAACUUUGCUGCUCGUGUGUUUACCUUUAGUUUUCGAGCUUAGCCAUUAA